AUGUUGUCUGUUUUUGGUGUCUUACUUAUCGAGGGAUCUGCUCCUACUGAAAGAACCGAGACAACUGUAGGAAGAAACCAUAAAAUUGAAAUUAUUUCAUAUUUCUGGCGGGCCUCACCAAUACCUUCUUGAACUUAAUAACUCUCAAACUCUCAUUACAUUCACGAUUGGUAAAUAGGCAUGAUGUAUUUUCGUAAUAUAUGACUAAAAGUGUUUGGAUGAAGCACCAAGGCAUUCGUCUCUUACCAGUUCUGCACACUGGAAGCAUGCCAUAUUUUUUUUAAAAUAAAUAAAUAAAAAUCUGUUAAGUUACAAAGGCAGGCGAGCUCUUAACUGUGAGGUGGCUGACGUGGGGAUUACACACUGCUGCAAUAUUACCCAGAGAAAGUACCGAUAUGAAACACAAUAUUCACAUAAUUCUGGAUUGCUCUCAGAAAGUAACAAUACUGUGAACAUAUUCUCUUAUAAUAUUCAAUUUUAAUUCACAUGGUCUUCGUUACAAACUGCUAGGCAUGUAAUUGUCGUUGUAUGUUUAUUUUCGUACGUGGAUGCUUCACCUAGCGGUGAGUUUACACGCAGAGAACCGGGGAAAGAGAUGUGUUCCUCUGGAAGUUCCUCAAGUCUGUGUCGUCCCUUAUGUAAAGUUUACUUUUAUAGGAAACUUAAUGAACCUUUAAUUUCUAUUUUCAUAAAGUUGUUUGUAAUCUAAUAACCAGCCUGAAAAUGCAUUUCUAAUUCAUUUCAGUGCUUCUAAUGUUUAAACUUUGAUGUUUUCUCUGCAGGAUCUGAUGCUGAAAAUGAGAUUGUUACUGAGGGGGCUGCUUUUGCACGCCCUGAACCUGUGCAGGACAAACAAAGUCCACCAAAGGUCGAGUCCGAAAUGGAAGUCCUGCAUGAGAAAGUAACUAAACAAGUCAUCAAGGAUGGUCAUGGUCAGAGACCACCAAAAUGGUCAACAUGCUUCUGUAAGUGGCACAUUAACAGGUUUCUUGUUCGUUGGUUGUUAGGCUAAGGCUUCCAGUAUAGUUUCCCUUUCUUGAUCAACAUGGGACUCGUUCUUUCUGGUUUGUUUUGAGAGGAAACACUAAAAUUCUUUAAUUUGGCAGUACACUACAGAGCAUGGGCUGAAAACAGUUCACACAAGUUUGAAGAUACCUGGCAAGAACAAAAGCCUCUUGAGCUUGUCUUGGGAAAAGGUACAAGUGUUUCCUUCACCGUCCCCUCCUCUCCCCAGCAGAACCCACACACAAAAAAAGCAAAAGGAAAAAGAUGCCUUAAGUAAGUGGAUCAGCAUGUCCAUUAUGUGCUUUAGGCGCUAAACCUAGAUGAACGCUCCAAACUCUCUGUGGCACAUACUUUCAAUAGAUCAAAGAGGAAAAUUUCUCAUCUCAGACUGAAAUCAUCGAAUCCACAGUAUUCACAUAAACUCGUCAAUUUUGGAAGGAGCUGUUGAUAAAUUACCUGCUCACAAAUUUAUAUUAAUGAAUCAAAUUUUAUCUACAUAGUUAUUGUCUUUAUAGAAUAGAAUAACCGUUUCUCUUUGUAAUAAGGAGCCUACUGGGAGUCGUUCUUAAAAUAGAUUUUUACCUGAUGGCUGUAGCUCACCUAAACAUCAUAAGCUUGCCAGUAUGUCUUCUGAAUUAAGAUUGAUUUUUGUGAUACUAUGAUAUGGUUGACACAGACUAGUGUUGACUCAUGACACUUUUCGGAACUGGAAAUUGUCGAAAACUAUACAGUAACGCAAACCCUAGGGGUAUAUACAGUGGAAAAAAAUAUCUGCUUCUUUUCACACCACAGAUGACUGCUAGUUAUAAACAAGUACAUGGGCCACGAAAUAAGUAAACUCUGACAGAAUAGGAAACUGACCAACUAAGAGCCGAACUUCUAAAUAUAAAUUCAUUCCUACAGUAAUCUAUCCUAAAUGUGUGAGGUACCCUCAUGUAUCUACCUUAUCUGUCUAUAAGAGAAGCUGGCACAAAGGAAUCGAUUAUUUAUAAUAUGAUUAAUGUUAGUUUCCAAAAGGUGAUUGACAUAAAGUUUUCAAACCAAAAAUCAAGUGUUGAUAUGCUUUUUCGGCAUAACGACAAUCUUUGCUGGAGUCACACUCCAACUUGUAGGCUGCAUGUUCCGGGCGGGAUUCAUCUUCCACUAUGGAUGCGGAUUGAGAUCUAGGGGUUUGACUGAUUGGACAUGCUUGCUAUGAACGGCGAUUUAUUCAAGUUUUUGUCAAAUUUCUUUCAUAGGUAAAAACGAUCUAUGGUGAUUUUGAAUAAGGGAGUAGUCUGUUAGAAGGAUACAAGGCCAGCAUGUAGUGAAGUCUCAGUUUUCUCUCGAGGAAAAGACUGUUUUAUACAUAGAUUUUGUGGGAAAAGGGAUAACUUUGAUCUUAAUGAAGAUAUCUGUAAUAUUAUCUAGGAGAAAUAUCUGUCACUCUGGGGCUGUGCCAAAUGUUAAUUGUACUUAUCUCUUCUGUUCCCACUCCUGUUUCUGCUCUGAUUUAUUUUCGAUGAAUUAGAUUUUUCACCCUCUGGAGAAAUUAUUAGCACCAGAGAGAGAGAGAGAGAGAGAGAGAGAGAGAGAGAGAGAGAGAGAGUAGGUCCCUUGCGAAAUGAGAAGUUUGUCUAGUGGCAAGGUUAAAUGAUUCUUGGGUCAGUGCUCGUCCAAAUACAUCUAUAUGAUUACAUAUACCUGCUCCAGUAUUACGAGGUUAACACUUUAUAGUACUUGUGAUUACCCUUAUUUACUUUGACAUAAUUCGUGAGGUUCUAUUGCACCGCAGAGAAAAAGGAGAUGACAGGUUUGGCGAUUGGUGUCUCAAGCAUGAAAAGUGGCGAGCGUGCAGUAUUGCAUGUGGGCUGGGAACUUGGCUAUGGGGAAGAGGGAAACUUCUCAUUUCCAAAUGUACCUCCAAUGGCAGAUCUUGUAUAUGAGGUCGAGCUCAUUGGGUUUGAUGAAAUGAAAGAAGUAAGCUCUCAUUAUCUCGUCUAAAGAGGAUAUUCAGUUGAAGACAGCCGAACGCCUCUGCUAUUUACUUAAAGUGGGCUAGUGGUCGCCACUAUUCCUUUUUCUUUUCUGUUCUACACCUUUGUGACAAAAUCUGGUUAACCUCUCAUAAAGAGAACUAAGAGUUUACUGGUUCUUGGGAUUUCAUGAUUGCUGCACUUUGUCCCAGAGAUUAGAGUUUUAAUGUUUUCAAACCGUGUGGAGUGAGAAAUACUACCAACAAUGGUACUUUAGUUGACGCAUUUCAGUACAUUUGACAGGGGAAAGCCCGGGCUGACAUGACUGUGGAAGAGAGAAUCGAAGCAGCCGAUAGACGUAAGAUAGAAGGAAAUGCGCUCUUCAAAGAUGACAAGUUAGAGGAGGCAAUGCAACAAUAUGAGAUGGUUACGGGCUUUCAGCCGAAUUGGAUUCCAUUUUCAUUUUCAUUCUUAUCACAUUUGAUUAAAUUUGUGACAGAACGCGUGCCUUUUCUGUCUCAGGCUGUAGCUUACAUGGGAGAUGAUUUCAUGUUCCAGCUAUUUGGGAAGUACAGGGACAUGGCUCUGGCUGUGAAAAAUCCGUGCCAUCUUAACAUGGCUGCAUGCUUGAUAAAGCUGAAUCGAUAUGAAGAGGCAAUUGGGCAGUGCAGCAUUGUACGGAAUAAUCCUAUCUCCAUCUCUCUCACUUGAUUCGAAAAUUUCAUAGCUUCUCACAUGAAUUUGCACAGUCGUAACUUGCACUAAAAAAAUAAUCUUCCUUUUCACGUGUAUUCUGCGGCCUUAAUCUGUGCUGAAGAUUUAUUUUUUUACGUUGAUAUAUAAACUUACCUUUAUGGGUUGGUUUGGCUUUUGAAUAAGCUUAUCGUUUGUAUUAUAGCUAUGACAAGUGCACAGGAUUGUUUAACUUAUUUUUCUGGAUGCCUGAUUUUCUGAAUAACGAGGGCCAUUUAGGUAAUAUGAGUCUUAGUUGUGGGCUUGCUAGUAAUUUUCAGCUGAAUUUAUAUCAUGCUCCAGUUUGAUUUGUACAAAAUAAGUUGAAAUAUCUCUGCUCUAAUGUAAGCAUAGAGGAGAAAAGUGGAUUGCAUUUUAAAAAUCAAAGUCCUUAUAUUCUUUUGGUAUUCAACAAACAUGAAAUAUGUUUUGGAAUUAGAAAAAAGCUCUCCACGUGAUAUCAUUUUGGUUUCAUGUGAUUUUUAUUUUUAUACUCGUAUUUUAGCUACUCUUAAUUAUUUCCGAGAAAAAAACCCGAAUUUAAUUUAUUUUUAUUUCAUUAAAAGGGCCAUUUAUUUUCUAUUUUCCUAUGCUUGGUGUUUAUUUUUCUGUUUUUUAUCACCUGUGGAGAUAUUUUUCCGUUAUUUCAUUACAACUGCAUGAUAUAUUUGUAUACUCAAAAUCAAUAAGCUUGGGGUCUCCUGGGUUUCAGGUUCUGACAGAGGAUGAGAACAACGUUAAAGCUCUGUUCAGGAGAGGAAAAGCCAGAUCAGAGCUCGGCCAAACCGAUUCUGCACGAGAAGAUUUCCAAAAAGCCAGGAGACUCGCUCCCGAAGAUAAGGCCAUCGCGAGGGAGCUCCGUCGGCUCGCCGAGCACGACAGAGCCCUUUACCAGAAGCAGAAAGAGAUCUACAAGGGGAUCUUCGGGCCACGGCCCGAGCCCAAGCCCGAGAGACGAAGGUGGCUCGCACUUCUCUGGCAUUGGCUGAUUGCUCUUCUAUCUGGGCUCUUCAAAUUCAGGAGAGAGAAAUCAGAAUGA